AUGGCGACCGUGUGUAACCGUAACUGGUGGUUCCAUAGCGUGGACGGCCGGAGCGCGCCCGUGCCGCUGCCGGGACAGAACCGCGUGCGCCAGGUGGGCGGCAGCCUCUACGUGGACGGCGCGCUGCUGAGGGACUCUGGCCGCUACGUCUGCGUCGUCAACAACUCGGUGGGCGCCGAGCGCGCCUCCACCGCGCUGCUCGUCACCAGUGAGUACCACAGCCCACUCGCCGCCGCGCUGCGAGUAGACCUGCUGCGCCACGGGUUGCCAGUUUCUCUCUUUACGCCGCUAUCAGCAUACAUGGUGCCACAGCAGCAGACGGUGGACGUGGGCCGGACAGCACAGCUCAACUGCUCCACUGAGGGUCAUCCUCAGCUGGCCAUCUCUUGGCUCAAGGAUGGCCAGCCGCUACACACCUCUGGCAGGAUCAAGCUGGUCACCCCACAGACGCUGCGCAUAGAGCAGGUGGAGCGGUCGGACCUGGGCAUGUACCAGUGCAUCGUGUCCAACAACGACGAGACGGCCCAGGGCACCGCCGAAAUCAGUCUGGGCGACGCGGCGCCCGUCCUGUUGUCGACGUUCCGUAGCGCCGUGGUGCGGCCCGGCGACGCGUGGUCGGCGCAGUGCGAGGCGUCGGGCUCCCCACUGCCCUCCGUGUCGUGGCUGCUCGACGGCCACCCACUCACCUCAGAGGGCCACGUGCAGGACGCGGGCGUCUACGAGUGCGUGGCCAGCUCCGCCGGCGGCGUCGCGCGCCACGCCGCGCCCCUCCACGUGCGGGGACCGCCGCGCGUGCGGCCCAUGGCCGACCGGCGCGUCGUCGCCCGCACCGACGCCGCCUUCCACUGCCGCGUCACCGGCUACCCCGUCAGCGAGAUCCGCUGGCAGAAGGCAGAGGUGCCAGAAAUUGAUCCAAUAAUAGUAAAACCAGACCUCCAAGAAGGCAUGCGGAUGAAUCUGAUGUGUGUCGUCAGCAAAGGGGACUUCCCAAUUGCUAUACAGUGGCUAAAAGAUGGAGUAGCAAUAAAUUAUGAACAAGGAGUGUCUGAGAAGAGUUUUGAUGAGUAUUCGAGCACCCUCAGUUUCAACAGCCUUAUGAUGAAACAUACCGGAAAUUACACUUGUCAGGCAUCAAAUGCUGCUGCUUCAAGGAACUACACAGUGGAAGUGGUUGUUAAUGUUCCCCCUUCAUGGAGAGCAGAGCCCGCUGACACAGAAACCACAGUUGGAAGAACAGUAUCAUUGUCAUGUGCUGCUGAGGGCUACCCUGUCCCUAGAAUACAGUGGAAGAAAGACAGCGGCUCCCAGCCACCUGUGUAUGAAGAGCUUGAUGUUGUGAUGAGCAAUUACAGGUGUGUGAAGCAACAGGAAAUUCUAUGA